UCGUCGGCCAUGUUUUGCACAACAACAUCACGUCGCAUAGUAAACGUCAACCAUUCGUUUACGAAUUUCGGAAAAUAUCCAAAUAUUAGCUUUUAUUAAAUCAAUUUGUUUUUAUUUUGCAAUUUAAUUAAAUGUCAAAAUGAAUCGAGCUGAGGGGUUGGUGCAACGAAGAAACGUAAACGUAAAUAAGGACAAUGCAGAAUUAAAGGAAAACCACGACGUCGAUGAUAAGAAAAAUGAUAAAAGUUAUGAUGACGGGGAUUCAAAGGAAACACGAUUGACACUAAUGGAAGAAGUAUUACUUUUAGGAUUAAAGGACAAAGAGGGUUACACAUCAUUUUGGAAUGAUUGCAUAUCCAGCGGCUUGAGAGGAUGUAUUUUAAUCGAACUUGGCCUGAGAGGCCGCGUAGAAUUAGAACGAGCUGGUAUGCGUAGAAAGGGAUUGUUAUCUAGAAAAGUAAUAGUUAAAUCAGAUACGCCCACAGGUGAUGUUUUGCUAGACGAGGCUUUGAAACACAUGAAAGAGACAGAGCCACCAGAAACAGUGCAAAGUUGGAUAGAAUACCUAAGCGGUGAAACAUGGAAUCCAAUGAAAUUAAAAUAUCAACUGAAGAAUGUCCGUGAAAGGCUGGCAAAAAAUCUUGUUGAAAAAGGAGUUUUGACAACAGAAAAGCAGAACUUCUUGCUGUUUGAUAUGACUACUCAUCCCCUGACAGACAAUGUGGUCAAAUGUCGCUUGGUCAAAAAGGUGCAGGAAGCGGCGCUGCGGCGCUCGAUCACGGACGUGGCGCACGCGGACAAGCGGUCGCUGGCGCUGCUGAUGCUGGCGCACUCGGCCGACGUGCUGGAGAACGCCUUCGCGCCGCUGUCGGACGAGGACUACGAGCUGGCCACGCGGCGUGUACGCGCGCUGCUAGAUCUAGACUUCGAGGCCGAAGCCAUGCGCCCAGAUGCCUGCGAAAUUAUGUGGGCGGUGUUUGCGGCGUUCACUAAAUAGCGGUAACGUGUGUCGUCAUCACUGUUGGCAACUAGAAAAUGGUAAAUUUGUGUUGGAUUAAAAUAAUACUUUUAGCCCAUUUUGUAUAAAUCUAAAACGAAUAUAAAUAAACAUGAUCCCCUCUAAAAAUAUCAAGCAUAGAAAUUAAUAAUAAUAACAUGGCAAUAGAUUUUUUUUAUAAUAAUGGUUUAAAGGGUUAUUGAGAGUGUUACAGAUAAAAUGAAUUUGUACAAAUAAAUCAUACAUGUAUGUAAUAUUGUUAACUGUUUCAAUUUCUUUACCAGUAUUAAAUUAUUUCAUUCAGAUCAUGAACACAAAUAUGGGAGGGUAGUAUAUUGAGAAAUAUCUAUAAUUGAAACUAUACAACAUUCAUAGUCAUUUAAAACAUUGUCAUAUAAUUAUGAUUUUAUUUUCAUAUAAGUGUAGUUUCUAAAAUUAUUUUGUCUUAUAUAUUAGCACAAAAGUUUGCCUUAACUUAUUUGAUGUCUAAACAGUUUCUGUUUAAGCUGGUACAGCUGGACGAUUGCAGGAUUUGCAAUGAUUGCUUUAAAGGAUUUUAUUUGCCAUUUUGUAUGUAAAUGUCUAUCGUCACAGGUGCUAGGGAGUAGAGAGAGUAGGCGGGUUGAUUUCAGACAUAGUUCUGAAGGGAGUGGGCAAAGGGUAGACCUACUCACUGUGAUAUACAGCUGCAAUAAAGUGUAUUAUCUGUUUAUAUUAAAAAUGCCUUUAACUUACACAUUAGUACAUAAAUUGCCUGCGACACUGUAUAAGGCGAUUAUGUUAUUCACGUGUUAUUGGCACCAACUGUACUAGUUUACACAAGCUUGCGUAUUAUUUUGUAUUGAUAUAGUGUAACGAGAUGUUUGUUGAAAUUUUUAAUUAGUAGGUUUUUAUAUAUUUAUGUAUGUUGAUCUGCUUUUCAGUAAUAAAUUGGAUAACAGUUUAUUAUAUGUAUAUUUAAAUUAUAUAAUGUUCUUUAUUACUAAAUGUCCAUAAUGAUGUUAUACAUUUGUUUUAGUGUUUUGUUAUACAUUUUAUAAUUAUUCAAAUUGUGUCUGAAGUGUGAAAUAUAGUAAGUGCCCAGUAAAAUUAGCAGGAGCUAGAACUAAAUCUCGGAAUGAAAGGUAAUAAAUAUAACAUUUCUACACACCUUCAUUUUACAAUAUACUUUUCCUCCAUAGUUUCAUAAGAUCUCAUGCCCGCGUUGUGAGCUAUAAGUUUGAAGGUUACAUAAAUAUCUCGAUUCCCAAGCUCAUAAUAAAUCCUCUAAGUUGGAAAUUUAAAAUUACGAGACAUUAGGAACCGUUUAAGUGGAGAAGUUUGUAGCUUAUUACCUUUUAUUCCUAGUUUGAACACUAAUUUGUUAGGGGUAUCUGCAAAGUUCUUACUAGCAUGAGCGAUGAGAGUGCAUGUUUUGUGGACACUUAAUUAAUGAUAAAUAUGAUAAUAUUCAGGGAUAACUUUUAUAUGCGGAAUAAAUUAUUGUGUUUGUGCUAAACGAAUCACUAACAUGUAGAUUAUUUUAGUGUCAAAUGUAUUAAAAUUCUACCACUGGGAUCGAAAUGAAGUUUUUUGCGUAUAGAAAGGUUAGCACGCGAGGUUAGUUCCCCAGUUUACUUUUAAGUCGAUAGCUCUUUUGUUUUAUCAUAAUUUUAAUUAAACUUUAGUUAUACAUGAUUAUAAUAUACCUAAUAACGUGUGAAACAUUUUAAUUGUGCUUGCCAUAAAUGAAGUAAUAAUUACAGCUCAUUUGUGACAAGUGUCUAAUGUAAAAUUUGCCUGUUCCAAUUGAUUAAACUGAAUACCAUUUCCUGCAGGAAAUACAUCAAAAUCAUACAAAUGUGACAUAGACGCGCCUUUAUUUAUUGGUUAUCUUGUUUGCGUUUGUAGUUUUGAGGUUCCCAAUCAAUGAAGGGUGAGGUAACUCGAAGGUACCUUGAGAGAGGAAUAAAUUACUGAUCACUACACAAUGUUUAUAUACAUUUUUUGAUGAUACGAUGUAUGGUUUACAUGCGAUUCUUAUAAUCAAGUUUAGUGUAUAAGUUACUAUUUAGAUUUGGGUUUGUAUAUAAAUAACGGUAUUAUUUUGGUUUGUAUAUUACCAUAAAGCCGCAACUAUAAAAGUUGAGAAGAAAUUCAAAAGUGAUGGAGACAUGUAUAAAAUUAAGGUAAAUAACUAUGUAUCAUACACAUACUAUAGUAUUUAGAAAAUUACUCAAAUAUAUUCCUUAGUAAAUAUUA